UGUACGUUAGGCUGCAGCGUAAACGUUGGUCUUAUUUUGUUAGCUGAAACACCGGAAGUUGCUGCCUCACAACUUUGCGAACUUGAUGACUCCAGGAGGCGAGCAAAGCAGCGUUGCUGCAGCAUUCAAACAUCGAGGAUUGGACUCUCUUUUUUUGGGGUGUAUUUUCGAGAGAAUUUGACGAAAAACAAAAGCAGCCCAACGAGGCUCCAGAAGCACAUUUAAGGUGCCUGACGACGACGGCGGAAUGGCGGACCGGGACCCAGCGUCAAUACCCGUGGAGGUUCGGGCGAAACUGGCCGAGCUGGAGUUGGAGUUAUCCGAAGGUGACAUCACACAGAAAGGUUAUGAGAAGAAGAGAUCCAAGCUGAUUGGAGCGUAUUUCCCACAGGGCCCAGCCAUGGAUCCUUCCACGGGCCAGGAGAGGAGAACACCAGCCACUCCGUCCUCGUCCUCGCGCUACCACCGCCGCCGCUUGUCUGGUUCACGGGACGAACGCUACCGCUCAGAUGUGCACACGGAGGCGGUGCAGGCGGCGCUGGCCAAGCACAGGGAGAGGAAGAUGGCGGUGCCCAUGCCUUCCAAGCGACGCUCCCUGGUGGUCCAGAACUCCAUGGAGGCCUACACACCGCCAGACACCUCCUCUGGGUCCGAGGACGAAGGUCACAACAACGCGGAGGAGGAGGGCGAGGGAGGGGACGGCGAAGAAGAGGAUGGAGGAGGAGGAGGUGGUGGUGGUGGCGGCGGCGGAGGAGGAGGCGGAGGCGGAACAACAUCCAGCCUGGAUGGCAGCAUCAGCAUGGAGCACUGGAUCAGUCGCGCCAUCCACAGCACCUCCUCCAACACUACCUCCUCCACUGCCUCCUCCUCCUCCACUCGCAGCGGGGGCAGCGGGGCGGCACACGCUCGUCUGGCCGAGGUCCUUGCGCAGCACGUGCACAUUUCGGCCCACCAGCACCACCUGCGCCUUCACCAUCAGCACCACCAGCACCACAAAGCCGAGAACCACUCUACCCCUCAGCCAGAUGUUACUGGAUACACAAACAGCGCCUCCGUCACUGACAGGAUCCAGGCGGAGAAAACCCCUGGCGGCGGCCCCCUGGUCCAGAGACAGACACCAAAGUAUGGCAACGCAGAGUUGAUGGAGACCGGCGAUGGUGUUCCAGUCAGUAGCAGAGUUUCUGCUAAAAUCCAGCAGCUGGUCAAUACGCUGAAACGACCCAAAAGACCUCCUCUGCGAGAGUUUUUUGUUGACGACUUUGAGGAGCUGCUGGAGGUCCAGCAGCCCGACCCCAACCUGCCCAAAGCCGAGGGUGCCCAGAUGGCGACCGUGCAGGGGGUGGAGCUUGGCGUGGUCACCAACUGGCCCCCCUGCCUAGAAGCAGCCCUGCAGAGGUGGGGCACCAUUUCUCCAAAGGCCCCCUGUCUCACCACCAUGGACACCAACGGGAAGCCACUCUUCCAACUCACGUACGGUAAACUGUGGUCCAGAAGUGUGAAGGUGGCCUACAACUUGAUGCACAAACUAGGAAGCAAACAAGAACCUGUCAUCAGACCUGGAGACAGGGUGGCGCUGGUCUUCCCAAACAACGACCCUGCUUCUUUUAUGACGGCGUUCUACGGCUGUCUGCUGGCCGACGUCGUUCCCGUGCCCAUAGAAGUUCCUCUGACCAGGAAGGACGCCGGCGGUCAGCAGAUCGGCUUCCUGUUGGGCAGCUGUGGCGUGAGCGUUGCUCUGACCAGCGACGCCUGCCACAAAGGGCUCCCCAAGAGUCCCACAGGAGAGAUCCUACAGUUAAAAGGCUGGCCCAAGCUGCUCUGGAUCGUCACCGAGUCCAAACACUUGUCCAAGCCCCCGCGAGACUGGUUCCCUCACAUCAAGGACGCCAGCCACGACACGGCGUACAUUGAGUAUAAGACGUGCAAAGAUGGCGGCGUCCUGGGCGUGACAGUGACCCGUGUCGCCAUGCUGAAUCACUGUCAGGCCCUGACGCAGGCGUGCACGUACACGGAAGCUGAGAUCAUCGUUAACGUGCUCGACUUCAAGAAAGAUGUUGGACUCUGGCACGCCGUCCUCACUAGUGUGAUGAACAUGAUGCACGUCAUCAGCGUUCCUUACGCCCUCAUGAAAGUCAACCCUUUGUCCUGGAUCCAGAAAGUGUGUCAGUUCAAAGCCAAGGUGGCGUGCGUUAAAUCACGUGACAUGCACUGGGCUCUGGUGGCCCAUCGGGACCAGCGGGAUGUUAACCUGAGCUCCCUGAGAAUGUUGGUGGUGGCCGACGGUGCCAAUCCUUGGUCCAUCUCCUCAUGUGACGCCUUUCUCAACGUGUUCCAGACAAAAGGUUUGAAAUCAGAAGUCAUCUGUCCCUGUGCCAGCUCCCCUGAGGCGCUGACUGUCGCCAUCAGGAGGCCGUUGGAGGAAGGCAGCAGCCCCCCCGCUCGCAGCGUCUUGUCCAUGCAGGGUCUGAGUCACGGCGUGAUCCGAAUGGACUCUGAGGAGAAACUGUCUGUGCUCACGCUGCAAGACGUCGGCCACGUCAUGCCUGGAGCUGAGAUGUGCGUGGUCAAGUUGGACAGUGUUCCUCAGUUGUGCAAAUCGGACGAGAUCGGAGAGUUGUGUGUGUGCACGGCGGCCACGGGGACCACCUACUACGGCCUCACGGGAAUGACCAAGAACACCUUCGAGGUUGUUCCCGUGACCAACAGCGGCGCUCCCCUCAGCGAGUUCCCCUUCACCAGGACGGGCCUGCUGGGCUUCAUCAGUGCCGCCGGGCUCAUCUACGUGGCGGGAAAGAUGGAGGGGCUGAUGGUGGUGGGGGGGCGCCACCACAAUGCAGACGACAUCGUCGCCACGGCGCUCGCUGUGGAGCCCAUGAAGUUUGUGUACAGGGGGAGGAUAGCAGUGUUCUCCAUCGAGGUCCUCCAUGAUGAAAGGAUCGUGGUUGUCGCUGAGCAGCGUCCUGACUCCUCAGAGGAGGACAGCUUCCAGUGGAUGAGCCGAGUCCUACAGGCGAUCGACGGCAUCCACCAGGUGGGUGUGUACUGUCUGGUCCUGGUUCCGUCCAACACGCUGCCAAAGACGCCGCUGGGGGGCAUCCACCUGUCUGAGAGCAAGCAGCUCUUCCUGGAGGGAGCGCUGCACCCCUGCAACGUUCUCAUGUGUCCUCACACCUGCGUCACCAACCUGCCCAAGCCUCGACAGAAACAACCAGAGAUUGGCCCCGCCUCUGUGAUGGUGGGGAAUCUGGUGUCUGGGAAGAGGAUUGCUCAGGCCAGUGGGAGAGAUUUAACUCAGGUUGAAGACAAUGACCAGUUCCUCUUCCUGUCUGAGGUGUUACAGUGGAGAGCACAGAGCACACCUGAGCACGUCCUCUUCACGCUGCUCAACUCAAGGGGUACGACAGCCAGCUCAGUGACGUGCAUGCAGCUCCACAAGCGAGCGGAGAAGAUAGCAGCCAUCUUGGCUGAACGAGGACACCUGCAGGACGGAGAUCAUGUUGCAUUGGUUUACCCCCCAGGUAUCGACCUCAUCGUGGCGUUUUACGGCAGCCUGUAUGCCGGCUGUGUGCCCGUCACGGUCCGACCUCCUCACCCUCAGAACAUGUCCACCACGCUGCCCACAGUCAAGAUGAUUGUGGAGGUGAGUCGUUCCGUGUGCGUGAUGACCACACAGGUUAUCUCCAAGCUGCUCAGGUCAAAAGAAGCGUCGGCUGCGGUGGACGUGCGAACAUGGCCGCCUGUCCUGGAGACAGAUGAUCUGCCAAAGAAGAAAGUCCCUGUGCUCUUUAAACCCUCCAACCCUGACACGCUAGCAUACCUGGAUUUUAGUGUGUCCACCACUGGCAUGCUCGCUGGAGUCAAAAUGUCCCACACAGCCACCAGUGCCUUCUGUCGCUCCAUCAAACUUCAGUGUGAGCUGUACCCGUCCAGGGAGGUGGCCAUCUGCCUCGACCCGUACUGUGGCUUGGGUUUUGUCCUUUGGUGCCUUUGCAGCGUGUACUCGGGUCAUCAGUCCAUUCUGAUCCCGCCGUCCGAACUGGAGGUCAACCCCUCGUUAUGGUUAUGGGCCGUCAGCCAUCACAAAGUCCGAGACACCUUCUGCUCGUACAGCGUCAUGGAACUGUGCACCAAAAGUUUGGGCCUGCAGACCGACGCCCUCAAGGUCCGAGGCUUGGACUUGUCCCGCGUGAGGACCUGCGUGGUGGUCGCCGAGGAGCGACCCAGGACCACUCUGACGCAGUCCUUCUCCAAACUUUUCAAAGACUUGGGACUCCACCCCCGAGCCGUCAGCACGUCUUUCGGCUGCCGAGUCAACCUGGCCGUCUGCCUGCAGCCACACAGGCUGGGACAGUCGGCCAAUCAGGGAACGUCAGGUCCCGACCCGACGACAGUCUUUGUGGACAUGAGGGCGCUGCGUCACGACAGGGUGCGACUGGUAGAGCGGGGCUCACCUCACAGUCUGUCCCUCAUGGAGUCUGGCAAGAUACUUCCGGGUGUUCGCAUCAUCAUCGCCAACCCGGAGACCAAGGGACCAAUGGGGGAGUCUCACCUGGGCGAGAUUUGGGUGCAGAGCGGACACAAUGCCAGCGGCUACUUCAGCGUCUACGGCGACGAGGCGCUGCACUCGGACCACUUCAACUCCCGACUCAGCUUCGGAGACACGCAAACGGUGUGGGCUCGAACGGGAUACCUGGGCUUCCUGCGCAGGACCGAGCUCACCGAUGCCCACGGAGAGCGCCACGACGCUCUUUACGUGGUGGGCGCGGUGGAGGAGGCCAUGGAGCUCCGAGGCAUGAGGUACCACCCCAUCGACAUCGAGACCUCCGUCAUCAGGACGCACAAGAGCAUCACCGAGUGCGCGGUGUUCACGUGGACCAACCUGCUGGUGGUGGUGGUGGAGCUGGACGGCUCGGAGCACGAGGCUCUGGACUUGGUGCCGCUGGUGACCAACGUGGUCCUGGAGGAGCACUACCUGAUCGUGGGCGUGGUGGUGGUGGUGGACAUCGGCGUCAUUCCCAUCAACUCCCGCGGGGAGAAGCAGCGCAUGCACCUGCGCGACGGAUUCCUGGCCGAUCAGCUGGACCCCAUCUACGUGGCCUACAACAUGUAGCGCCCCCCUGUGGACUGUCGUGGAAGCGAAUGGACAAUGGAUUUUUUUUUGAGGGGGGGGGACUGUUUAAAAAGGAUGUUGUAAAAGAAAAAAAAAAAGUGGCCAAUUUGAAACCCCGAAUUCAGCCUGACAGGCGACUCC